GGGAUGCAGCCGGAUUGUGUGGCGAGAGAAAAAAGUGGCGACCAAGUGGCGGCCAAAGAAAGAGAGAUGGGACAGUACAUUAAAAGCAGGCAGAUCUCCUCCUCCAUAGUCCCUAACCCUCCUCCACCCAGCUGCCUCUCAGGACUCCUCCAAACCACCAUGACGCCGUCAGUUCUUAUGCAACCUCAGCCCUGGUUGUGGGGGGAAAUAGCCCUGCAAUGCAGCACAGUUAUAAAAUAGCAGCAGGCAUCAUAGGGGGCUGCAGUUGAGAUGAAACGCUGCCACUUCCUGCACUGCUGCGUGGUUACACUGCUCUACACUGAUGCUGCCGUGAAACACCAUUUUUCUCAGUGGAGGUCAUACCCGAGGUCAAAGCAUGCACAUCCGGUGUUGCCCUCGCGGUCCCCCUAGUGAUUGACGCCGCUCUGCCCAGUGGGAGAGGGCUCGGAUGCCCACAGUGUUGACUCGUUAACCCCCGAAGAAAGAAGAGAAAGAAGUGCGUGUGGCCACCGAUGCUUUCAAGCGUAGAGCACAGCCUCUCCGGAUAAUCCAAGGAGCUCUACUAUUGGAGAAUGCAAAGGGGCAGAGACAGGAUGGAGAGAGACAAAGUGGCGGAGCAGAAUCAGUAUAAGAGGAGGCUGAGAGUGUGUGUGGCAACAUGCAACAGGGCGGACUACUCCAAGCUGGCCCCCAUCAUGUUUGGCAUCAAAUCCCACCCUGACGAGUUUGAUCUGGAAGUCAUGGUGCUUGGUUCACAUCUCAUCGAUGACUAUGGGAACACUUUUCGUAUGAUUGAGCAGGAUGACUUCGACAUCGGCUCCAAACUCCACACCAUUGUGAGAGGAGAGGACGAGGCGGCCAUGGUGGAGAGCGUUGGGCUGGCACUGGUCAAACUCCCUGAUGUCCUACAGAGGCUUCGCCCUGACAUCCUGGUCAUCCACGGGGACCGUUUUGAUGCACUUGCCCUGGCAACUGCUGCUGCGCUGAUGAACAUUAGGAUACUUCACGUGGAGGGAGGAGAGGUAAGUGGUACGAUUGAUGACUCAAUCCGCCACGCCAUAAGCAAACUGGCCCAUUACCACGCCUGCUGCACACCCAGGGCAGAGCAGUACCUCAUCGCCAUGUGUGAGGACCACUCGCGCAUCUUGCUGGCUGGCUGCCCGUCAUAUGAUAAGCUGCUGUCGCCUCAACACCGAGAGGACUACAUGGAUAUUAUCAAGAGCUGGCUGGGUGACAAGGUGCAGAAGAAUGACUAUAUUGUGGCUUUGCAGCAUCCGGUCACCACAGACAUUAGGCACUCAAUUAAGAUCUAUGGACUGAUGCUGGAUGCCCUACUCUCCUUCAACAAGAAAACCCUCAUCCUCUUUCCUAACAUCGAUGCCGGUAGUAAGGAGAUGGUGCGUGUGAUGCGGAAAAAGGGCAUCGAGCAGCACCCCAACUUUCGAGCUGUGAAGCACAUUCCCUUUGAGCAGUUCAUCCAGCUGGUCUGCCACGCCGGCUGCAUGAUCGGAAACAGUAGCUGCGGAGUGCGAGAGGCCGGGGCCUUCGGUACUCCUGUCAUUAACCUGGGAACGAGGCAAACUGGCAGAGAGACGGGUGAAAAUGUUCUACACGUCAGAGACGCCGAUACUCACAAUAAGAUCUACCACGCUCUGGAGCUGCAGUUUGGAAAGAGAUACCCCUGCUCUAAGAUUUAUGGCGAUGGCAACGCCGUGCCACGUAUUCUCAAGUUUCUGCGUUCCAUUGACCUGGACAAGCCCCUCCAGAAGACCUUCUGUUUCCCCCCAGUGAAAGACUCCAUCUCCCAAGACAUCGAUCACAUCCUGGAGACACAGAGCGCUCUGUCUGUUGACCUGGGAGGGACCAACCUCAGAGUGGCGAUCGUCUGCAUGAUGGGAAAUAUUGUAAAGAAAUAUGCUCAGCCCAAUCCAAAGACCUUUGAGGCCAGGAUGCAGCUCAUAGUGAAAAUGUGUUCUGAUGCCAUACGGGACGCUGUGGGCCUCAACUGCAGAAUACUGGGUGUCGGAGUGUCCACAGGUGGACGUGUAAACCCACAAGAAGGUGUGGUCAUGCACUCAACAAAGCUGAUCCCAGAAUGGACCUCAGUGAACCUGAGAACGCCCAUCUCUGACGCGCUGCACCUCCCCGUCUGGGUCGACAACGACGGCAACUGUGCUGCGUUGGCCGAGAAGAAGUUUGGCCAUGGCAAAGGAGUUGAGAACUUUGUGACGAUCAUCACAGGAACAGGAAUUGGCGGAGGGAUCAUCCAUCACAGUGAGCUGGUCCACGGCAGCACCUUCUGUGCUGCAGAGCUGGGUCACAUCAUGGUUUCGUUCGAAGGCCCAGAGUGUUCGUGUGGCAGCCGUGGAUGCAUAGAGGCCUAUGCGUCUGGCAUGGCCCUUCAGAGAGAGGCCAAGAGGCUGCACGAUGAGGACCUGCUGAAGGUGGAGGGGAUGGAUAUGAAACUUUCAGAGCCUGUCACUGCUGGCCACCUCAUCAACGCAGCCAGACUUGGGAAUUCCAAAGCCGACGCUGUUCUGAACAAGGCCUGCACAGCUUUAGGCGUGGGCAUCGUCAACAUCCUCCACAUAGUGAACCCCUCCCUAGUGAUUCUGUCUGGAGUCUUGUCCUCUUACUACAAGACCCCAGUGCAGCACGUCAUCAAUGAGAGAGCCCUCUUCUCGGCCCAGAGCAUCAAAGUUGUCACAUCAGAAUUGGAGGAACCUGCUUUACUUGGAGCUGCUAGCAUGGUGUUAGACUAUGCAACCAGAAGAACAUAUUGAAGGAUGUAGUAGUUAUUUUCUUACAACCGUUACCAAUAAGAGGUCAGCAAGACUGAAACCAGGGCCUGUAUUGCUUAGAUAAAGAUAAAAGCAUAUGAAUAUAGGAUACAUUUUGAAGAGUGAGUGGAAAAGUGUUAAAAGAAUCAUAUCAGUGUUAAGGACAAAUCAAAAAAAAAUUGUAUUCUUUUAUUAUUUCCUGCUUGUUGAUAACCUUGAUGAGUUAGUGGCUGUUUUACUUGUGUUGUCCACAAAAUUACAUAUUCUCAAGCCCGUGAGAAUCAUGCCUUGGCCAGGUCGGAUGUUUGCCAGAUUGUAGCACAGAUACUUCAUGUUUGAAGUGGGUCCAUUGCAGGGGCCAGAAUUCUGUCAGUAAUGUGUACCUAAUGUAGGCAAGGUUUAAUGAAGUCCAAGGCCUUUUUUUUUUUAAAACAAUAUGUCAGCUAUAAAGUAAACUACCAAGACAUCUCUAUUCCAAGAUGACCUGCACAGGACAGGACUUACCCACUCUACUUGUGGUUUGUCAUGGAUACGUCAGCUGAGAAAUAGGCGAAGCUUGUUUCAGAUGUGACCAAAUACAUCGCUGAAACAUGCUCCUGUAGCUAUGAAUGCCUGAGUGAAAGAGAAAGAGUGAGUUUCCAGUUACAUUUUCUGUUAUGAUGAAAAUUAUUUAAAGUACUGAUGACAAAAAACAAUGAUGCCAAAAGAUUGUUAGUAUGUAAUAAAUAAUUAUUAUAAAAUCAGUAUAAAUGCUAUACUGGCUACUUUUAAUAAAAUGUUCAGGCAGCAACUGUUUUAGCCUUACCGCUGCUACACUUUGAUGAGGGUGUGAGUGUGAAUCAUUUAAUUGAAUCAGGUGAAGUUGUAUUUUAAUUUUUUACAAAACAUCACAUCACCACAGACCUUAUGAAGAUUUUAAAUGAAUUUAAAGCAACUUUUCUUCAUGCCUUUCAAAGUAAUAUUUUAUCUCUGUUUGUGUGGUUUGUAUGAGCAAGUACUACAAACUGUAUUGUACAUGUCAUUCAAUUUAAGAUGUUUGGUUACAUAUCUAUGUAAUUUAAUUGGUUCAUGUCCAUCCAAAUAAAUACUUCAAUACUG